AUGGCUCGAAUGGAUACAAUUAGAGUGAUGCUUGCUCUUGUUGCACAGAGAGGCUGGAUUGUGUAUCAACACGACAUCAAAUCAGCAUCCUUGCAUGGUGAAUUAAUUGAAGAUGUCUAUGUCGAGCAACCUUUGGGGUAUGAGAAGAAAGGAGAAGAGGAUAAAAUUUACAAGCACCUCGUGCUUGGUUUAGUCGAAUUGAUGCCCACUUCAACAAAGAAGGAUUUCAGAAAUGUAGCAGUGAGUAGACCAUUUUUUCUAAAAUUGGCAGUGAAGGAAAAAUCUUGCGAGAGAAUUCAAAACCUCUAUGAUCGAGUUCAAUAUGAGUGUCCAGGAUCAGAGAAAGAAGCAAACUAUGCCAACAUAGAUUGA